AUGGACAAUAACCCUGCUCCUAACAAAAGUCGUCGUGUCACCGUCGAGGAUGUCGAGGACGAGGACGGUAGUUCCUCCUGGCAUUAUUUGGAACCUCAACUGGAUGCGGGCUGGGCUCUGCAUGGCAGCGAGACAAAUUUUGAAAGAUGUAGAAGAUAUCAAGAGGAAGAGGGUGAGGAAACAUGGUCACCUUUUGAAGAUGCCAAAGAAUGGGAUUUGGCCCAGUGGCUCAUAAAAAACCUUGGUCAGACACGGACUGAUGAGUUCUUGAAGUUACCAAUAACACAAAAUCGCACUAAAGUCUCCUUUCAUAACAACCGCUCGUUCUUGCAGAGGGUCGACCAACUACCACAUGGACCAGAUUGGAGCUGCAGGAAGGUUACCGUGCGUGGUAACCAUGAUGAUGAGAACGGGGUACCAUUGCAAGAGGACAUCGAACUUUGGAGCCGUGAUCCUUUGGAGUGUGUCAAAGAGCUUAUCGGCAACCCUUUGUUCAAGGAGGAUAUUGCGUACUCACCUGCCAGAGCAUAUGCAGAUGCUGCGGGGCAACACAGAGUGAUCAAUGAGAUGUGGACGGCAGACUGGUGGGGUGAGACACAAAAAGCCUUGCCCAAAGGUGCGACUAUAGCACCAAUUAUUCUAUCGUCAGACAAGACCUGCUUGUCGCAGUUCCGAGGGGACAAGUCUGCGUGGCCGGUGUACAUGUCUAUUGGCAACAUAUCCAAAGCAAAAAGGCGUCAAGCAUCAGCACGAGCAACUGUCCUCAUCGGUUACUUACCUGCAGGGAAGUUGGACUGCUUCACCUCAGAUGCACGCUCCCUGGCCGGAUACAGGCUGUUUCAUCAUUGCAUGAGUCUACUCCUCCACCCUCUCAUAGCCGCGGGACGAGACGGUGUUGAAAUGGUCUGUGCAGACUCGCAGAUUCGGCGUGUCUACCCCAUACUGGCUGCGUAUGUCGCCGAUUUCCCGGAGCAGUGCUUGGUAUCUUGUUCCAAGGAGAAUCGCUGUCCAAAGUGUCUGGUAGCAGCAAAUGAGCGAGGCGAUGGACUCACCUCUGUGAAGCGUGACCCAGAGUCAACGAAAGAUACUCUGGAAAGGCGCAAGUUAGGUCAGCAUCCUCCGGAAUUUGAGGAAAACGGUCUACGUGCCAUUUAUAAACCAUUCUGGGCCGAUUUGCCUCAUUCCAACAUCUUCCUGGCAUUCACUCCCGAUCUUUUGCAUCAACUCCACAAAGGAGUAUUCAAGGACCAUCUUGUGAAGUGGUGUGUUGACAUUGUCGGCGAGGAAGAGAUGGACGCGCGAUUCAAGGCGAUGCCGGAUUAUCCGGGGCUCCGUCACUUCAAGAAAGGUAUAUCGGCUGUUAAACAAUGGACCGGAACUGAGCAUAAAGAAAUGCAACGAGUGUUUGUUGGGUUACUCACCGGAGCAGUGCCUAGCCGUGUCUUGGUAGUUGCGCGUUCAAUUAUUGACUUUUCCUAUUACGCGCAGCUGCAAACUCACACAAUGGACACGCUCAAAGCCCUACAGACUGCCCUGGGAGUCUUUCACGCCAACAAAGAUGUCCUGAAGGAACUCGCCGUUCGACAGCAUUUCAACAUACCGAAGUUACACCAAUUAACUCACUAUGUUGAUUCAAUCACGUUGUUUGGUGCUGCUGAUGGCUUUAAUACUGAGCUUCCCGAACGCUUGCAUAUCGACUUCGCGAAGGACGCUUACCGUGCAAGCAACAAACGUGACUAUGAGGAACAAAUGGCCUUGUGGCUUCAGCGCCAGGAAGCUGUGUUUUUGCGUGGUGCGUACCUCGAUUGGUUAUCGCAACAACCUCUCUUGGCAGGUCGCGGAGAGCAUCAUAUGUUUGACUCGGACUCAGACUCCGAGUCUGAAGAAACAGACUCUCCCAAGUCGAACACAGCACUGAUAUCGCCAUUGGCCGCUGCCGAAGAAGUUCAAGUGACCCAGCACAUCGUUGCGAAGGUUCCAGCAUAUCCUAACCAAACUGUUGCAAGAAUUACGACAGCCUAUGGUGCCACUGAUUUCCUCGCUGCUCUCCAAAUGUUUCUUCGCAAGAACCUCCCGCACAACACCAUCGUACCUAGCCUUUAUGACCGUUUUGACGUUUAUCGUCAUGUGGUCAUCAUAGCGCCACCAGAUCGACGAGUCAGCGAUACACCUAAAUGGUGGCACGUUAGAGCAAUGCCCGAAGUUGCUGCAUCAGGGCGGAAUCCUGGUCGUCCGGCUUGUUUUGAUAUGGCACUGAUAUCAGACAGGCCUCGGUCUUCACGCUUGCACGCUCUUGAUGAUGUGCGAGUGGCUCAGGUUUGCACUAUAUUCUCCCUCCCUCGUCAAUUCGGCACUUACAACAGGGCCCUCGCUUAUAUCGAGUGGUUUACGCCAUUCAGACCUCCAGAUCCCCCCUCUCAAAUGCGACAGGUCUCCCGCUCGACACGCCAACUCCGCCGCAAUGCGGCAGUAAUCCAUGUCGACGAAAUGGUGCGACCGUGCCAUCUAAUACCAAAGAUGGGCCAUUCAGUGGAUGCGAGGUUGAGAAGUGGAAACGGAUAUGAGGUGGCGAGUGAUUUUUAUUUUAACGAGUUCAUUGACGGCGAGAUGUUUGGUGUGUCUGUCAUAAAUAGUUUGUAG